CUCCAACAAUAGACGUGCAACCCUGUAGCCUUGUGCAGUCAUGGACCUCUGGAGGCAGUGCAUUGCCUGGCUAAUCCGCUGCCGCGUGCUACCGGAGAAUCACCGGCUCAGCUGGGAUAGCACCCAGGUGUGUGAUCUGGCCCAAGCGCUGCGAGAUGGUGUCUUGCUCUGCCAGCUGCUCAACAAUAUCCAGCCCAUGUCUAUCAACCUGAAGGAAGUCAACCUUCGGCCGCAGAUGUCCCAGUUCCUCUGUCUGAAGAACAUCAGGACCUUCCUCAGCACAUGUGAGCAGCACUUUGGGAUGAAGAAAAACGAACUGUUUGAGGCUUUCGACCUCUUUGACCUUCGGGACUUUGCAAAGGUCAUUAACAGCUUGUCAAGUCUGUCGUACACAAGCGUUUCAAGAAACUGUGGAAUACAGCCCUUUCCAGUUGAACCCUGCAUCCCCGAUGAGGACAUCUACAGCGGCCUGUCUGAGGAAAUAGACUGCAUGGAGGAUGAGAACGAUGACUUGUAUGAUUGCGUGGAUGAGGACAUUGAUGACGGUGGUGAGAUAUACGAGGACCUGAUGAGAUCUGAGGAGCCUCCACAGAUGCAGCAAAGGGUCACUGAGGUGGACAAGAGAAGCUGUUGCCUUCAGGAAAUCUCACAGACAGAAGAGAAGUACAGCAACACACUGGAAUCAAUCAUACAGCACUUCAUGAGGCCUCUGCAGAGCCUGUUGCUCCAAGAAGACAUUGAGAGCAUCUUCAUCAACUUGGAGGAGUUAGCAGACACACACCACAAUCUCCUGGAAGACACUCGUCACUCAAUUUAUGAGUGUGGGGCCUUCAAUCUCCACCAGGUCUUCAUCAGCUACAAGGAGAGGUUGCUCCUUUACGGACGGUACUGCAGCCAAGUGGAAGCUGCCGCAAAGCAUUUGGACAUGCUAUCCGCCACGUACUCGGAUGUACGAACAAUGCUGAAGGAGUGCGCCCAGUGUGCCAACAACGGAAGAUUCACUCUCCGAGACUUACUGAUGGUUCCCAUGCAAAGAGUACUCAAAUACCACCUGCUGCUACAGGAGCUCAUGAAACACACUACCGAUCAUGCUGAGAAGGAAAACUUGCGCACAGCCCUGGACGCUAUGAGGGAUUUGGCACAGUGUGUGAAUGAAGUGAAGCGAGAUAAUGAGAUUAUUCGGCAGAUCACUGCAUUCCAGCUGUCCAUCGAAAACUUGCAACAGCCCAUUGCUCAUUAUGGCCGUCCCAGAAUCGAUGGGGAAUUGAAGAUAUGCAGCUCAGAGAAGAAGUCAAAACAGGACAGAUAUGCCUUCCUAUUCGACAAGGCCAUUCUGGUGUGUAAGAGGAAGAGCGGAGACAACAUGGAGCUGAAGGACCUCAUCGAGCUGAAGAUCUGCCACCUCACAAACGAGACGGACGACAAAAACGAGAAGGACAAAAAGUGGUGUCACACAUUCUGCCUGGUAAAUGCACGCAGACAGCCUAUUUUUGACCUCUACUUCAAAACCAAGGAGCUCAAGAAGAAAUGGCUGGAGCAGUUCCACAUGGCAUUCUCAAACAUGUCUCCUGAGAACAGGACAGCCAAUAACCAUGACUUCAUUAUGCACACCUUUGAUGGGACCAUGUCCUGUAAGGCCUGUCACAUGCUGCUCAGGGGAAUCUUCUUCCAGGGGUACCGAUGUACUCGCUGUUCAGCAGCUGCUCACAAAGAGUGUCUCAGUCGGGUGCCCAGCUGCAGGAAGAACUCAGAGAGCUCUGGAAUGCCACGAAAGAGGGAAAACAAGAGAACGCCACCGAACAUGCAACCCAAAGCAGAUUUGGUGGAGGUGUUCCAGGACUACUAUGGGUGUCCCCCACCGCCUGUAGGAUACGGCUACCCACUUGCUCUUACCCAGGGUGACAUUGUAGAACUGAUUCGCAGAGAGCGUGACCCGCAGUGGUGGGAGGGCUCCAAUGUAGUGACUGGUGAAAGAGGCUGGUUCCCUUGCCACAGCGUCCGUUCGUUCAUCCCGAGAGGUACUUCAGAUCUCAAAGCAUUUCCCUGGUUUGCUGGAAACAUAGACCGGAAUGUAGCAAAGAACCUGCUGCUGCCUUGCAUGGAAGGGACCUACCUGGUCCGUCAGAAAGACGGCGAAGAGUUUGCCAUCAGCAUCAAGUUCAGGGCAGAGGUCAAGCACAUCAAGGUCACAUGCAUGAAAGGACUGUUCCAGAUAAAUGAAAAGAGGGCCUUCAAAGGGUUAGCUGAGCUGGUGGAGUAUUUUCAGCAGAACACGCUGAGGGAGUGUUUCAAAGACCUGGACUCCACACUGCAAUUCCCCUACAAAGAGCUCAACGAAAACAGUGUCCAGUCCCCAUCCUCUGAUUUCUCCUCUGCAGGGGGAAACGAUCGCUAUGUGGGGUGGGCACGAGCCCUAUAUGACUUCUCGAGACGAGAUUCGAGUGAGCUCUCAUUGCGUGCGGGUGAUGAAGUGAAGAUCAUUUCCAAGGAUGCCGCCGAGGGCUGGUGGAUGGGUGAGGUAUAUGGCCUGGUUGGGCUCUUCCCGGCAAACUAUGUGGAAGAAAACUACUCCGACUACUGCUGACAGAGUUACUGAGACUCAGAGCCACUGAUACUUUUAACCAUGGGAAUAAAGAUCCACAGAGACACACAAAACAGCUGAGACAGUGGGAAAUGGACAUUUGGACACCAGAACCAGUAGUCUGAAAAUGGUAUCCUCGGGUCUAACGGGAUGUUUCCAGUCCCACUAACACUCUGUUGCUGGUCUUUUAUUUUAUUACUUUUUGUAACUUAUUUUAAUUCCUACUUUAAAGCCAUGUUUUUUUUUUUUAAAUUUUUUAAAUUUUUUUUUUUUUGAGACUUCUUAGUAAUUACAGAGAGGUGCCAUAGAAAACGUACACAGGCAAGGAAGUCUCGAAUUCAGGUUUAUAGGUCUCUGUAUUUGCACUUUAGCCGAUAUCCACCUUUCCAUUUACUACAGCUGAACUGCACCUUUUGAAAUGUGUGUUUUUAUCCAGUAACUCACAAAGCAGUAACCAUGUGAAGCCAAAAAACGAUAUACUGUGAGAUGCUCUGUACAUUUUUAUCCUAACUGGACAGACUAAAAUACAUAAUGAAAAUGCACUGUGUAGUGCAGUUAUGAAAAAGUGUAUCUAUUUGUGCAGUAAAAAUGAAAUA